AUGUCCUGCAAUGACCUGUGCUCCACCGCUGGCUCCGGCCUCAUCCGUCCCCAGCCCCUGGCUGACAGCGGGAACGAGCCGUGUGUGCGCCAGUGCCCCGACUCCACCGCCGUGAUCCAGCCUCCCGCCGUGGUGGUCACCUUCCCCGGGCCCAUCCUCAGCUCCUUCCCGCAGGAUUCCGUGGUGGGAUCUGCUGGAGCACCGUUCCUUGGAGCCUCUGGGGGCUCCUCCCUGGGCUAUGGGGGCGGAUCCCUGGGCUAUGGGGGUCUGGGGGGCUACGGGGGGUUCCGGGGCCUGUCUGGCUUCGGGAGAUCCUUUGGCUCUUGGUCCGGCCGCUACGGCCGCUAUGGCCGUGGCAGCUGCAGCUCCUGCUAA